CUGCAAUCAGCAACUGAUUGGACAAUUCGCAUUUCAGUUUUUAACCAAUUUUGCAACAAUUGCGACGAACGUAUGGAGCUUUUGUGGUUCUUGCUGAUUUUGAUAUUGUUGCUGCUGCUCUGGAGCAAGCGGCAACUGAUAAUUCUGGGAUGCAGUCUGGCCGGUCCGUGGGCUAUACCACUGCUUGGCAAUGCGCAGAUGAUUGGCAAACUGAAGCCAGAGUUCAUAUUUCUGGUGUUCACAGAGCUGCGCGAACGCUUUGGCGCCACCUACCGCCUCUGGCUGGGGCCUAAGCUGUGGGUGUUUCUGCACACUGCACAGGAGACAAAACAAGCACUGCUUGAUUCGACACUGCGCAAAGCAGACACUUUUCAGCAGUUGGCGCCGCUUAUUGGGAACGGAUUGUUAAUCAGCCAUGGUCAUUAUUGGGCCACACAGCGUCGGCUGUUGACGCCAGUGUUUCAGCCGCAGUUACUACGCUGCUUUGCGCCUAAUAUAUCAAAACAUGCCGAUCGUCUUGUGGCCAGAUUACGGCAAAGAGAAGGCGCUUCUAUUGAGGUAACUAAUUAUCUAUUCGCCUGCCUCCUGGAUGCAAUAAUGGAUACCUCCAUGGGCUACCAGCUGCACACACAGCAAGCAGAGAACUCGCCCAUUGUGGCUGCAUUACAUCGCAGCCAAGAACUACUUUUUAAGCGCAUGAUUAAUCCAAUCUUGGUAUCUGAUUUCAUAUUCAAACGCACUGCUUUAUGGCGUGAGCUGUGUGUACAGCUUGAGGUUAUUCACACGCUAAUGGAUCAGGUCAUAGAGCAGCGUGCCAAUCACUUGCAGCUGGCACAGAAGCAAGAGGUGCAACACAAGCCACAUAUACUGCUUGAUGCACUGCUCUUUUCACAGCUUGACAGGCAACAAAUACGCGAUGAGGUCAACACAUUCGUCUUUGCAGGUGUGGACACCACAACAGCAGCAAUGGGUUUUGUGCUCUACGCGUUAGCCAAGCAUACAGCUGUCCAGGAGCGUCUGCACGCUGAACUGGCAGUGUUGACACCUGGCGGUGCCGAUGAUUUGGAUGCACUCAAUCAGCUGCUUUAUCUAGAUGCGCUAAUCAAGGAGGUACUGCGUCAGUACACCAUCGUGCCCUGCACUGGACGCCAGACGACACAACCGACAGAGAUUGGCGGACGCUCUUACUGUGCCGGCAUAACGCUCUGGAUCAACAUGUAUGGAUUGGCCCAUGACGCGGAUUACUUUAAAGAUCCCUAUGAGUUUAGGCCAGAGCGUUGGCUGGAGAAGAAGGUGACUGCACCACCUUAUAGCUAUAUACCGUUUUCGGGUGGACCUCAUGUAUGCAUUGGACGCAAAUACUCGCUGCUUUUGAUGAAGAUGCUCACGGUGCGCAUUGUGGAAAGUUUCCAACUGGAGUUGUCGGAUCCCUUGGAGGAGCCCGUGUUGCAGGCACAGAUGGUUCUACGCUUUCGAGAUGGCAUUAAUAUCAAGUUCCUUCAGCGCAAAUCCAAUAUAUAAUAUAAGAUAAAAGUCGUCCAAUUACAGGGUGCCUUUUUUGUGCGACCCAAUGUGUUUUCUAAUAAAAACGUCAAAUUAAAUAUAUGCAA